AUGUCUACAUCAUCAGAAGUGACAUCUCCAUCUCCAAUAGACAACAAAUACACCACCUCCACUACCAACAACAACAAUGACAACCACCCACAAACGCAAUCAACAGUGCUGUCAUCAGAACAAUCAGUGGUAACACCAUUCUUAGUUAAACAUAUUAGUGAUCAAAAUCAAAUACCUAGAGAUAAUUUUCAUAAAUAUUGUUAUCGUCAUAAUCCAGAUGUAACAUGUAAUAAACUAACAGAUGAAGUUAAAAUGAAACAUAUUCAAAAUCAAUUGGAAAAACUUCCAAGAAGAGAUCAAGAAGCAAUAAGUCAUGUAUGGUCAAUAUUUUGUGCUGCACCAAUGCAUCAUCGUGAAUUAAUAUUACAAGGUUUAUUAAGUCAAUGUUGUUUCCCUCAAUUAUCUUUCUUAUCUCAAGAAAUAUCUUCAUUAAUUAGAAUAGAUUUUAUUUCUGCAUUACCUCAAGAAAUUUCCCUUAAAAUAUUAUGUUAUUUGGAUUGUAAUUCAUUAUGUAAUGCUGCUCAAGUUUCUAAAAAAUGGAAAUCUUUAGCUGAUGAUGAUAGAGUAUGGCAUCAUAUGUGUGAACAACAUAUUGAUAGAAAAUGUCCUAAUUGUGGUUGGGGAUUACCUUUAAUGCAUAUGAAACGGGCAAGAGAAAUGUAUGAUGAAGAUGAUUUAAAACCAGCAAAGAGAAGAUAUUCCGUAGUGGCCGAUGAUGAUGAUGCCGCUGCUGAUUCAAAUAAAAGAAUAAAAUCAGAACUGACAUCUCCAAAAACCACCAAGGUUGUACCAGUAGUGAGGAAGCGUCCUUGGAAAGCAGUUUAUUCAGAACGGUUCAAAUUAGAAAAGAAUUGGAGAAAGGGAAUAUAUACAGUCAAACAAUUUGUAGGACAUACUGAUGGAGUUACAUGUCUACAAUUUAAUAGAAAAUACUUAAUGACUGGAUCCUAUGAUACCACUGUCAAAAUUUGGAGAGUGGAUACUGGAGAAUGUCUUAAAACUUUAACUGGCCACACAAAGGGUGUUAGAUCCCUUGUAUUUGAUAAUCAAAAAUUAAUUACCGGUGGAUUAGAUUCAACUAUAAAAGUAUGGAAUUAUCAUACUGGUACAUGUAUAGCCACCUAUCGUGGUCAUGAUGAUGCAGUUGUUUCAGUUGAUUUCUCAAAUAAAUCAAUUGUAUCCGGUUCUGCCGAUCAUACCGUUCGUGUAUGGCAUGUUGAUUCAAGAACUUGUUAUACUUUAAGAGGCCACACUGAUUGGGUUAAUUGUGUCAAAAUACAUCUGCCUUCAAAUACAAUCUUUAGUGCUAGUGAUGAUACUACAAUUAGAAUGUGGGAUAUGGCAACUAAUGAAUGUUUACGGAUAUUUGGAGGUCCAGAAAAUAAUGGUCAUAUUGGACAAGUUCAAUGUGUAAUUCCAUUCACUUAUAAAGAACAAUUAGUUGAAGAUGAAGUUGAAGAUGAAAGUGAACCUGAAACCCAUUCCCAUCCUCAUCAACAUCCAUUACCUCAUAAUCAACCUCCUCCAUUACAACAACAACCACCCGCCAAUCAUACUUUGAAUUCAACUGCUGAAUUACCCGUGAAUGGUCCUACUCAUUUAUUAACCUCUUCAUUGGAUAAUACGAUCAAAUUAUGGGAUAUCAAGACAGGGAAAUGUAUUAGAACUCAAUUUGGACAUAUUGAAGGGGUUUGGUCAAUUAAUUCAGAUACAUUUAGAAUUAUAAGUGGGGCUCAUGAUAGAUUGAUCAAAGUAUGGGAUUUACAAAAUGGGAAAUGUUUACAUACUUUUGGUAAUGAUUCUAGUGUAAGUUGUGUUGGAUUAAGUGAUUCUAAAUUUGCUGCUGGGUUAGAGAGUGGGGUUGUUAAGAUGUAUAGUUUCGAAUAG